UUUCAGUGUUUGUUGCUGUUGUGAUAUUGCAUUAUCACAGUUCUGCAGAUGAUAUUGAAAGGGAGGUUUGCCUGGAAACGCUCUUUAACUUUGCAUUCGGAGAAAGUGCGUGUCUUUUUACGUUUACAGAAGCGAAACAGUGGUUUGAAUCAGAUAAGGGUAGCUGUUCUCAGAAAUGCCAUGUAAAAAUGCAAAACUUAAAAAUGUCGACAUCGUCUAAGAAAUAUCGAUAUCAAGUGGCAUCUGUAAAUAUUAGUGUCAAUGAAUUAAGUGAUAAUUGUACUGUUUUAACAACGAGAUGCAACUAUAUCAGUAGAAUAAAGAAAACUUUGAAAAUUAUUUGCAAGUCAGAUGGAGAAAAUGUAGACAUCUCAAAAAAGUUUUGUACAUCGACAAAAGAUUGUAAAAACGAAUCUAAGAUAUGUUCAUCGAUUGGACAAAUCGGCAUCUGUACAUGCAAAUCUGAGUACAUAGGUUUUGGAAAUAAAUGUUUGAAGGGAAGUUUGACACUGAAUGAAACUUGCCAGCGAAAUGAGCAGUGCACUGUGGUAUUAGUCUCGGUUUGUCUGAAUAAUACAUGUACCUGUAAGCGUGGAUAUCCACCUUUGAAUAGCUCGGAAUGUUUGCUGUUAAUUAAGCAAGACGUCGGGACAGUUGGACUUGUUUUCGGAAGCCUUUUCAUUUGCAUCAUAUUAAUUCUUAUUGCCACAAUCAUCUAUCAUCAUGUACGACAUGGAAAAACAAAAAAUGAUGCAAAAGAAUCUAUAGAGAUGACAGAUUUUAACAAUGCAGCGUACGGAACCAACACAGAAGCACCUCAGAAUAACCCGAAUGUGCAUUGUGGAAGUGAGAGAAAUGAGCAACCGUUUGCUUAUUCAUAUGUUGAAAUACCAUUGGAGAGAAACAUGCAAGAAACCAAGAAACAGCCAAUGACGAAUUCUGAUAUAAUUGAUGAUGAUUACAAUCAUCUUAAUGAAAAGGCAGAAGAUGCUGACAGCGAUGAAAGUAACGACCAUGUCCAAGAAAAUCUCUAUCAUGCGGUAGGAGAAGGAAUCUACAGUAUUCUCAACACAGGAAGAAAGAAUAAGGAAUUUGAUGUUUAUUCAACUUAGAAUAACAAAUCCGCCUAUUAUCGCAACAGAUUUUGACACAUCUGUUUAAUAUUUUACUUGAAAAAGAAGCUAUUUGAAA